AUGAACACUUUCAGUAUCUCAGACAAGAUUGACUUGCCCUCAGCUGCUACUACAACCUUUCAGAUAAAUGAGCCUCGAAGACGAAGAAAGCCAUCCAGGUGCUGCGCUCGGUUGGCCCUUGGCAUCUACCUGUUGCUGCUGACAGCCGGGCAGGGGCUGCUGGUGUACAAAGUGUUUAAGAUGGAGAGAGAGAUAUCGAUAUUUCAAGAACAAAAUGCCUCCUAUGUAGAAGAUGUUCUGGAAAGAUCCUUUGCCAGCGAACUGCUUUCAGACAGAAAAUAUAAAGUGAAGAACAUGAGACAUGAAGAAAACUGGAGGAGAAACUUAGAAGCGGAAAUCACCAUAAUUAAAAGUAGCAAUGCAAACCUGAGGAUGAUGAUGAACAACAUCACCCUGGUUGCAGGGCCUCCUGGACGCAAAGGAGAUCCUGGUCCACCAGGUAUCUCAGGGCUACAGGGAUCACCGGGGACAAAGGGAAACCAAGGAAUCCCAGGUUUACCUGGACUGCAGGGUGCCAAGGGGAGUAAAGGAGAUCCUGGUCCUGCCGGGCCAAGUGGUGAACCAGGAGCGAGAGGAGAAAAAGGAGAGAUGGGACUUCCAGGUUUCCAAGGACCGAAAGGCGAAAUGGGCAAGAAGGGAGACCUCGGGCCUCGUGGACCCAUGGGUCCUCAGGGACAGCAGGGAAUUUCAGGACCACCAGGUUUUAAAGGUAGCACGGGUGAGCCUGGACCUCCUGGGCAGAAAGGAGAGGCAGGCGUAACCGGACAACGUGGACCUGAGGGAAUUGCUGGCCCCAAAGGCACACCUGGUCAGAAAGGGGAGAAGGGGGACCAGGGCCCCAGCGGUAGUCCAGGAACACCAGGCACUGCAGGACUCAAAGGUGAAAAGGGAGACAGAGGAAUAACAGGUCUUCCAGGGCAACAGGGAACAAAGGGAGACCCGGGCCAGCCAGGCAGUCAAGGCCCAACCGGUCUAAAAGGAAGCAAGGGUGAUUACGGCAGUCGUGGUCCAAAAGGAGAACCAGGAGUAAAAGGCGACAAAGGAAACCAGGGACCCCCUGGUUCCCCAGGAAUAAAAGGGAGCAAAGGUGAAAAGGGAGGAGGCAACUUCAAUCACCUUAUACGAAUCGCAGGAGGGGGCAGCAGGGGUCGCGUGGAAAUCUUUCACCAAGGGUCUUGGGGAACAAUAUGUGACGAUGGUUGGAGCACCCAAGAUGCCACUGUUGUCUGCCGAAUGCUGGGAUACAACCGUGCAUCCUCCGCCUUCACAGCAACACCAGGCACUGGACGAAUUUGGCUUGAUGACGUGAAUUGCAGCGGAAAUGAAUAUUCAAUACUCGACUGUUCGAAGCCUGACUGGGGUGUGAACAACUGCUCCCACAACGAGGAUGCCGGGUUGGAGUGUGUUUGA